AAGCCACCAAAUCCCCAAAUUCAAAUAAAUUCUAUGAUCCGGGGAAUUUGCGGCGGAUCGACUAGAGAGUCUAACAAUAAUCCGAUGGCCAUAACAUUAAAUUCGUUCAUACCAUCACCAAACCAUCCAUUUUUAAGCAAAUUCCACUCUCCAUCAGUUGUUUCCGGUAAACUUUGACCGAUUCUCAGAACAAUUGCAGGCGCAUUCGACUGUGAAAGAAAACUCAAGAACAUCAUGAAGAUUCAGAAGGCCGUCAGAUUAUGAAGCCUUUUCCGAUUCGAUUUCUUUAUUUUCUGUAUAUUUUAAUGGAGAAUGCCUCGAUUCAUGAGAUUUUGGUGUUUCUUCCAUAGAGAUUUUGGUGUUUUUUUGAUCUGGCUGUCUCUGUUCUGUUAUCUCGACGAUCGAACAAUGUCGAGCGUGGAUUGGCGGUGGUUGUUUACUCUCUUUCGAUUUUGAAGAACAGGGAAGAAGUUGAAGACGGUGGUUGAGCAGUAGAUUUUAUGUCGGCUUUGUUCAUAUUGGCAGUCAUUAGGGCUCUGCUGCAGCUCUGGUUUUCUUCUUCUGUUUCCUUCUCACUCUGCUGGUUCUGGCAGAGGUUGAUUCUUGUGCAACAAUCGUUUUCAAUGCUUUUCAGAUUCAAAAGGCAAGACUAAUUUCCAGUUUCGUUCACUCGUUUCUUCGAUUUCUAAUGUUCUUGAUGAUUCUGGUUGAUGUUCUUUUUGUUUUGCAGGACUUGUUCUGGAGUAAAAUUAUCGUGGACUUCUCGUAUAAAGCAAUUUCUUCUUCGUUUCUCCUCCUUACACUUCCGCUGUUUUGAUUCUCAGAAAUCUUCCAUCGUUUCCGUUUGAUUAUUCAUAAAUUAUUCUGUUCUUGUUCUUCGUGUUCUUCUUAAUCUGUCGUACUACUCUCUGAUGCCGCAUCCUAAUCAGAGAACUGUUAGCGACAGAAAGUUCAAACAGUCGACGAAUUUCUCUGGAGAUCCGAAAAUGAGGAGAAAAGUUCGUAUAAUCUGUUAUGAUCCUGAUGCAACGGACGCGUCUUCAAGCGAAGAUGAAGGAGAAGUAUACGGAAGAUUAAGAAGAAGAUUGAACAAAAAAAACCGAAUCAUACACGAAAUCGACCUGCCUACGCCGAUGAACGCUCCCGAAUCUAAGAGUUCUAAGAACAGCAACAAUGGAAACAACAACCCUAAGUCUCGAAGAUUAUCGUCUUCGAAAUACAAAGGUGUGAGACAGAGACCUUGGGGGAAAUGGGCGGCGGAGAUUCGAGAUCCGUUCAAAAGAAGCCGUGUUUGGCUAGGAACUUACGACACUGCUGAAGAAGCUUAUCAAGCCUAUGAAUCGAAGCGGUUGCAGUUUGAAGCUACGGCAGCGGAAAUGGCUACUGGCAACGGCACUGUGUCAGAGCAGACUGAUUCUUCGGUGAGCACGACGGAGACCACCAUGUCACACACAUCUCCGCCGUCUGUUCUCGAAUGGAACGAUUCAACUUCUCAAAGCCGAGAGGGAGAUUCAAUCAAAGAAAAAACAGACACAAAUAUGAACUAUCUUCAAGAAGCGGAUCUGGGGAAUGAAUUUGGUUGGAGUCUGGCUGAUGGAAUCGGGAUGUUCUUGGACGAUUUUGCAAGUCUAGACAACACCCAAUUUUUUGCGUUUGCCGAUGCUGAUGAUGAACCUUGCUUCCUUCCAAAUUUCGAUUGUGAUCAUAUAUGGAAUGCUGAGAUUUCUAGUUGGCUUGAUGAACCGAUCAACAUAACUUGUUCAUAAUUUUUUGCAGCUUAGGAUUUUUCUCCAUUUUUUUGAAGUUUUGAUUCAUUGAGAAUGCAGUUUCUAGAGAGAAAAUGAGAUAGGGUUUAGGGUUUAGGGUUUAGGGUUUUUUUUUGUGAAUCUAUUUCGAUUUAUAAACGAUUAUUAUUCUUGGAU